CUUCCGGGUCACGCCCUGCCCCGCUCUCCCGGUGUCGCUCGCGCGCCCAGGUCAAGAUGGAGGAGUAUGCGCGAGAGCCCUGCCCUUGGCGCAUUGUGGACGACUGUGGAGGGGCCUUUACCAUGGGCACCAUAGGCGGCGGUAUCUUCCAAGCGGUCAAGGGUUUCCGCAAUUCCCCAGUGGGAGUGAGCCACCGGCUGCGAGGGAGUUUGACGGCCGUUAAAACCAGGGCUCCGCAGUUGGGAGGUAGCUUUGCGGUGUGGGGAGGUCUGUUCUCCAUGAUCGACUGCAGCCUGGUUCAGGUCCGAGGGAAGGAGGAUCCCUGGAACUCCAUCACCAGCGGGGCCUUGACGGGAGCCAUCCUGGCCGCCAGAAAUGGACCGGUGGCCAUGGUGGGCUCAGCCGCGAUGGGCGGCAUCCUUCUGGCUUUGAUCGAAGGAGCUGGCAUCUUGUUGACGAGGUUUGCCUCCGCACAGUUCCCCAACGGGCCUCAGUUUGCUGACGACCCCUCCCAGCUGCCCGCGGCCCCGGCCCCGGCCCCGCUGCCGUCCUCGCCGUUUGGUGACUACCGGCAGUUCCAGUAGGACUCCUCCCAGCGGGUGCGGGCACGGCUCUCAGGACGUCAGGGCAGGCGGCUCCAGGCCGGAGGUGGGACAGCUGCGGCCACAGAGGCCACGAAGAGACUUCUGGCGUUUUCUCUAUUUAAAGGAACAUGGGGUGGGGUGUUAAAGGAUAAUCCACUUAUUUAUUCGCCCUGGAGGGCGUCCGUGAUCAAAGUGUCUGAUACCUUUAAGAAAACGUUAAGUGCCGAGAAGGUGCAGGAGCACAGGCAUACGGCGUGCGCUUGGCCCCCAGCUCCUCGGGGACUCCUGCCUGGCUCGGUGCUCUGUCAGUCAAACAAUAAAACUCCUGGAGCUUGCUCCUUC